GAAACUUUCCCAUUAUCACUUUAUUCACUUCACUUCACUCUUGUCGUUGAAAACAAAACAAGAUGCUCGCAGGUUUAUGUAUCGGCCUUCGUGGCCUUCAGAUCCUCUUCGGCGCCGUCAUCGUCGGCCUCUCCGCCCAAUUCAUCACCGCCCAAAAAGUCGGUUCCGCAGCGACCACCACGCAAUACUCCGUCUUUACCGGCGUCUACGCCAUUCUCGAAGGCUUUCUGGGCAUCGCCGCCCUCUUUCUUAGUUCUUUCCCAGAUAUCGCGGUACUAGGCGCCGAUGCUAUUGGUGCUUUGGUGUUGUUGGCUGGUGGUAUUGCCUGGGCAGUCGAAACCCGCGGUUUCUCCUGCACCGAUCCCACUAAGGCCAAGAAGAUUCUUGACAACAAUCUCUUGAAUCAAGGCAAACGCAAGUACAAGGGGGACUGGUACUAUGGCAUUCUGUACGGGGACCCGAGUGCGGAGACGGCUUGGAGCCGGCUGCAGUCGAGCUGCAAGAAAGGACUUGCGGAUGAGGUGUUCCAGUUCUUGGCGUUCGCCGUGCUUGUGGUUUUGUUGGUGGUGGGCUGGAUCAGGUGGCGGAAGGGUAGAGGGGGUGGAGGUAUGGGAUCCAGGUCAUAUGUCUAAAGAAGCCUCGGGGGUGGUGUUGAGGAUUUGAAAGGGGGAAUUGGGGUGUCACAAAAAGAUGAAAAGUGGAAAAUUAAUGAUAAUGGGAUGAUUGAUGGGAACGCAAAAGGGAAAUGGGGGAUGGAGUUGGAUAAGACUCGGGGAGAAUGUAAUGAGUCAAGUUGAGAUACCCGUAUGUUAUGAUGAAAGGAAAUAUGGAACAUUGGGCU